AUGGGCUUCUGGAAAAAGUUGAGGCGAUCACACUCUUCCGGCAGUCGCUUCAAUCAAUCAUCCCUCAGCGUCGAAGGCAAUUAUACUCGGUGGUUAGACUCACUAAAUAUGGCGCAUCGAAUCAUAACGCAAGUCGUCCUCACCGGCUCACGAGUCCUUGGACGCGCUUUCGCCGAAGCCUACAAGCAAGCCUCCGCUUCUUCACAAUACGCCAAAGCGAAUAAAGCUGCUGGUGGUUCGGGAGCUUUUUCCUCACACAGCGGUCUCACUCUCGAGGAAGCAUGUAAAAUACUGAACGUAAAGCCUCCUCAGGGUGGAAAAGCGAAUAUGGAAGAUGUAAUGGACCGUUUCAAGAAGUUAUUCGACGCCAAUGAUCCAAAGAAGGGUGGGAGUUUCUAUCUGCAGAGUAAGAUUCUGAGAGCGAGGGAACGGAUAGAGAGUGAAGCCCGGGUGGCGGAGGAGAAAGCCGAGCAAGCGGCAGAGGCGAGAGAAGGUUGGAAACCUAAAGUCUUUAAAGAUCGGUAG